AAUACCAAAUUGUAAAUCACUGUCCAGGAAUUACAUAAAAAUCCUUGUUUUCUUUAUCCACCACAGUCUGAUUGAAUUUGCAGAUUUAUUUUGAUGGACUCUGCUUCCACAUCCAACGCAGGUUUGUAAUUGCUGAUCUGUCUCAGAAAAAUAUGGAUGAUUGUUCCAAAGAUGUAAUCAACGGUUUACCAGACAAUCUUCUUUGCCAAAUCUUGUCCAACUUGUCUACAAAAGAAGCUGCUUUGACAUCACUUCUCUCAAAAAGGUGGAGGUAUCUGUUUGCCCUUGUACCAGAUCUUGAAUUCGAUGACGUAUUCUCUCUGCAUCCCCAAGACAAGGCGAGUUUUAUAGAUUUUGUGGAUAGAGUAUUGGAAUUGCGAGGGAAAGAUCAUGUUAACAAGUUCUCUCUAAAAUGUGGAGAUGGUAUUUUGGAUGAAGACGUCUUCCCUUGGAUAUCAAAUGUGCUAAGACAUGGUGUAUCGGAUCUUGUGUUACAUGUCUCUCCCGCAUUGGUUUAUUGGUUGCCCUCAAAGGUUUUUGCCAGUAAGACACUUGUUAGGCUGAAAAUAGGACCUGAAGAUGGUCCCAGAGUUAAGCUGAGAAAUGUUUGUCUCCCAAAGCUUAAGACUCUGAAUCUGGAUUCAGUUGUGUUUGAAGAUGGUGAGAUUGGGUUUGCAAAGCUUCUUUCUGGUUGUCCCGUGCUUGAGGAAUUAGGUUUGCGUAAUCUUGCGUGGGUUUAUUGGGAUUCUUGCUCUGUGGCUUCCAAAACCCUCAAGAGACUAAGGCUAUGUUGUACAGACUAUGGUAAAAGUCCGAAGAGUGUGUCAUUUGAUACUCCGAAUGUUGUCCACUUAGAAUAUUCAGAUUAUAUUGCGCACAAGUAUCCAAAAUUGAAUCUUGAUUCGCUAGUUGAAGCUAGUAUCAGUUUUCGGAUUACAGAAGAUCAGAGAUCAAAUGUGAGAAAUGCAUCGGAUGGUGAUGAGGAAACAGAGAUGGUUGGUAACGCAAAAAGGCUUCUUAUGGGAAUAAGCAAUGUGAAGAUCCUUCACUUAUCUUUUGACACUCUUGAGACACUUAAUCUUUGCUGUGAAGUGAUACCGAUAUUCAACAACUUGACUCAUUUAACUAUUGAGAGUAAUCCGGAAGUAGGAUGGGAUACAUUGCCAGGUCUGCUGAAGAAUUGUCCAAAUCUUGAAACCCUUGUCUUCCAGGGACUCCUUCACAAAGCUACGGAUAGAUGUGGGGAUGUGUGCGUAUGCCAAGGUUUGGAUAGUAAUCCUUGUUCUCUAUCAUCAAGUCGGGUGAAGUUUAUAAAGAUAAUGAUAUUUGGAGAAACUGGUGAUGAUGAGAUGGAGAUGAAGCAGAUUAAGCAUUUCUUGGCGAAAAUGCCAAAUCUUGAAGAACUGACGAUUUACUACAACACAUCAAUCGAAGUUGAUAUGGUUCACUUAUCUAGCCAACUUCAGAUGCUUCCUGGAGUUGCUUCACUCAAGUGCAAGAUCCAAGUAAUCUCUGAUAACCUCAGCUUAUCGAUUACUUUUCCCAUCUCCUUAUCGACUGGAUUUGCACUGAUCAUCUAAAAGUAGUUUUCCGGUUUCUCAAACUCAAAUAAGGGUUAUACCCUUUUUACUAUUUGGAAGCUAAUGGAUGUUGUUUAAAACUAUCUCGUAAAACCUCGUUUAUCAUCCUUAUUUGAUAAAUCUUAUUUCACUUUCCAAAAUUUGACAACUUUUUCUCUACAUGUUACAGUAUAUGAUUCACACAUCUCUCCCCUUUUGUAAAGGCAGACAUGUGCAUCUCUCAUUCUAAAUGUGUGUCAGUGGUAGUGUGUAUUGAAUUAUGGGUUUCUGCGACAGAGGGUAAUGUUGAAAGUGAAAACUUCUUUUCACUAAACAAGAAGAAACUAUUAGCAAAUAUGUUUAAGGAAAGAGCCCUUUUUCAAAAAAAAAAUAUAUAUAUAUUUUUAAGGAAAGGCAGCAAAAGCAAUGUCUUUUAGUAUGUGAAUGCGCAUUUUUGUAGUCUUGGACGGUAAAUGCGCAUUUUCAUAGCUUUCGCUUUUAUAAUGUUUUCAAAACGUUUUCUAUUACCAAAUUGCUACACCACUUUUGGCCAAGAGUGCAUCAAUAUAAAACUCCUAAUUUUCUUGUUCCACUUUCCCAAUGAACUCGCACCCGUCACUUUGAAGUUGUAGGGUGAUUUUGAUGGGCUCAACUUUCACACCUAAAGCAAGUAAGUUUUCUCAUCUCUUCUUUUAAUCCUGUAGUGUUCCCAUAGGAACCUGAUUUUUUCUCCUCGUGAGUCCUAAGCGAACCUUACGAUUCCGAUUGUGUAAAGAAAAAGACCUUGAAACUAAUUUGGACUACGUUUUGAGUUCAUCUGCUGAAAUCCUCUUGUUGGAUAUAUUGUUCAGGUCUGUCUAAAAAAGACAUGGAUGAUUGUUCCAAAGAUUUUAUUAGCGCUUUACACGACAGUGUUCUUUGUCAAAUCUUGUCCAAUCUGUCUACAAAAGAAGCUGGUUCGACAUCAAUUCUCGCAAGAAGGUGGAGGUAUCUGUUUGCUUAUGUACCAGAUCUUGAUUUCGAUGACUCUUCCUCUCUGGAUCCCACGAGUUUCGCAAAAUUUGUGGAUAGAGUAUUGGAAUUGGGGAAAGAUUGUGUACUCAACAAGUUCUCUCUAAAAAGUGGAAAAGAUAUCUGGGGGUGGGGAAGUAAAGUCUCCUCUUGGAUAUCAAAGGUGUUGGAACGUGGUGUAUCAGAUCUUGAUCUACAUUUCUCUCCUGAAAUUUAUUCUCCGUUGCCUUCUAAGAUUUUUAAGAGCAAGUCACUGGUUAGGCUGAAAAUAGGACCUGAAGGUGGUCCUAGUCGUCAACUGAAAAAGAAGAACAAAAGGGAAAUGUGAGAAUUGAAUCAUUUGGUGAUGAGGAAACAAAUAUUAUGGGAAUAUGCAAUGUGAAGACCCUUUACAUAUCUUACAGAACCCUUGAGACACUUAACCACUGCUGUGAAGCGAUACCGGUAUUCAACAAGUUGACUCAUCUAUAUAUUGACUCACAUAGCCCGUUAGUAGGAUGGGAAUCAUUGCCAGAUCUUCUCAGGAAUUCUCCAAACCUUGAAAACAUUGUCUUCCAAGGGCUCCAUCACAGUAUUACAAAUUGAUGUGGGGAUGUGUGUUUGUGUAAGAAAAUUAAAAGAAGUCCUUCUUCCCUAUCAGAAUGUCCGGUGAAGUCUCUAACGAUAUUGAAUUUUGGAGAAGCCUAUGACUCAGAUGAUGACGAAUUGGAGAUGGAGAAUCAGUUCAAGAAUAUCAAGCAUUUCUUGAAGAAAUUGCCGAAUCUUGAACAACUCAUGAUAUACUACAAUUCACCGAUCAAUGAUCAUCUGGCUGAAGUAUCAAGCCGACUUCAGAAGCUUGAGAAAGUAGCUUCACGCAAGUGCACGAUCCAAGUUAUCUCUGAUAAAAUCAGCUUUACGAGUACUGUUCCCAAUUCCUUAACGACGAAAUUUGGGAAACUGCUCCUCUAGAAGAACCUUUCUGGUUUCUCAACUCCUUUUGGAAUCACUCAUGCGGUCAUGCCACUUUUACCAUUUGGAGGCUAUGAAUGUGUCUCUUAACUACAAGUAUCUGUAGUUACUAAAAAUAUCUGAAAACUCAAAUCAAUAUCCUCUUGUUUCUGUUGUUUGUAAUUUGCUGCUAGGCAUCCUUGUGUGUCUAUGUUUUUGUUGUGAGAAAGUUGAGUUCACGUUUUGCUUUGUAUCUCCUGUUGUUGCGUAAAAUGUUAUAUGGAGACCUAUCUUGUCA